AAUUCGGAAACAUAUGAGGUCAAAUCAUGACGUCAGUGGUCUUCAGGUCGGAAAGUCGAAGCUUUAGAAAGAGGCCCGAGUUCCUGAGUUAGAAUUCCGAGUUGAAUGACCGUUCAAAUUCAUUUUAACCAAUUGAAGCUAGUUUUUUCUUCUUCUUCGAGUUCCCAGUUGUUUUGAACGCCCUGAAGUCGGAAUUCCGAUUUUUCCCAGUUUCCCGUUGUUUCGAUCGUGGCAUUAGUCUCAGAAAUAUGUCGUCAUAGCACGGACAGCAACAACAAACAUGGAGGAAUAUGCCCGUGAACCUUGGUAAAGUACAUUUCAAACAGACAUCCCUGGAGAAUAGUAGAUGACUGUGGUGGUGCGUUCACCAUGGGAGCCAUCGGCGGAGGGGUGUUCCAGUCAGUCAAGGGCUUUCGGAAUGCUCCUGUGGGCUUUCGGCACAGACUAAAAGGUAGCGCCAAUGCUGUGAGAUUAAGAGCUCCACAGAUCGGCGGUAGCUUUGCUGUGUGGGGUGGACUCUUCUCUACAAUCGACUGUGGUCUGGUCCGUAUUCGAGGGAAAGAGGACCCCUGGAACUCUAUAACUAGUGGGGCGAUGACUGGGGCAGUCCUGGCUGCACGCAGUGGGCCUUUGGCUAUGGUGGGGUCAGCCAUAAUGGGGGGCAUCCUGUUGGCCUUGAUCGAGGGCUUUGGGAUCCUUCUGACCAGAUACACCGCACAGCAGUUUCAGAACCCGAGUCCCUUUGUGGAUGACCCCAGCCAGCUUCCUCCUAAGGAUGCCAGCCAACAGCAGACUGGGUCCCAGUAGGUUCCAUGGAGCUGCUGGGCCUAGCUACAGCCCUGCGUACUGUGACAAUCUCAGACUAGAGAGGAGAGGGGUGCUCUGAAACCUGACCUCACUGGUGUAAGCAACCUCACCCUGAACCAGCCUCCAUCCUCCCAAUGGUCAUAAGAACGUAGAUGCACUUUAUUAUUAUUGUUAUUCCUCAGGGGUAGAUUGCAGGUUAUUUGAGUUAUUUGUUUAUGAAUAUGUUUGUGUAUACCGGUUCACCAGUGUUCCUUCUGACUGGUCCUGAAUUAUACCCACAUUUAUCAGAUUAAUUUAUGCACAAAACCAGCAUUUUGUGGUGACUAAGACUUUUUGUGCUGUAUAACCGCAGUUACAGAAAUAGAAUGGGUAGCUAAACAUGAAUAGGCAUUAAUACAGGUAUGUGUGAGUAUGUAAUGACAGUAUUUAGGAUUAGAUGUUAGUGUCAGGGGUGACAAAAUCAAUGCUGUUCAAAACGGAUGUAAUUUGAUUUUGCUUGUAAAAUGUAAUGCACUGAGGGAGGAGAACUGCACUAUCAUUCCAUUUCCUCUCCUUAUGGCAGCUUUCAUAACCGUGAGGCUUAUAACGGUAGGGAUUCAGGGUCACAUCACAAACACACUUAUCUUUUGAUUCCAUUUGCAAACUCAGAAGGCUGGAAUGGAAUGCCGUGUCCAUAUACAUUCACAGCUCAUGUGUUCUGCUCCGCUGUUUUUUGUUCUGCUGUUUACCUCGCUCCCUUUAUUGCUGCUAUGCCAUGCAUUCCCACACAUUUCCAAAGCCUAAGCACUAUAAGGUCUAUCCACUUUGUUGAACCAGAGCACUUUCCUACUCCAUCUCUUUAUUUGUUAUUAUGGUAAUAAAACUUGAGAUGGAGAUGGUUUUUGACACAAUUCGAUAUUAUUUUGUCAUUCAAAACAUGUGACAUGUAAUGUAUAGAAUGCUGUACCAUAUUUGUUGAUUUUAAUUUAUUUGUGAUGCAGAAAAAUAAGUGUUAGCAGUGUAAUUGACUGGAAAAAAUAAUUAAAUUGUUGAUUCUG